UGGAAACCCCGUACUGACUCUGAAGGGACCCAAGAUGGCUGAAUACUCACGGGGGGCACUUAGCAAUUAUCUGAGCAAGACGUCGCGAAUGAAUGGCAAAUAGCACUAUAAUGUAAAGCGUAACCUUAAAGUAAUUAUACGACUCCCGUUUGUUGGUUUGCAUUGUUUUUGGCAUGCAUGAAUACCAGUAAGGAGAGAGUGGUCUCUCCGCGGCCCCGAGCCAGAACAUGGCGGAACACUUGGGAAGCAAUAGCAGCUAACGCUAGUUAGCUGGCGUAUUAUUUACAGAAAAAACAAACGUUGUUCCACUGUAAAACGGUGUCCGCGGUCUACCGCUAUAAAAUAAUGUUAUCGGUGCACAACUCUGGUCAAUUUGUUUCAAAAGGUAGUUGAGCAUUGAACAAGCGGAGCGUAGGCAGCUAGCGUGCUAGCCAGCUAGUUAACUCGUUAGGUUUCUAGCUAACGUUACCUGCAAGCGUACACACUGUACUAAUAAGCAGACGGGACGUUUUGUGAGCGAGCGGUCGUAAAAGUUGGGCUUAUUCUGAUUACGCCUCUUUCAUCUAUAUGGUAGGACUUUGUUAUGUCUGUCACUUCUUGUUUUGUCGAUUAACGCGGUAGCUAACGUCAGUGUCCUCCGCUCUGUAAAUUAGACUGUAGUAGGCUUGCUAUAAUGGUCAGUAAGCUGAUUGUGCGUGCCUCUUUGCUUAUAGCUCUGGCGAAAUAGGUUUUUAGGCAGCUGGUCAAAAAUAAUCUGAUGUUGUAGUCGUAACUGCAAAAUCGUUUGAGGAAAUCCCUAAAGUGUUACACUUUAAAGCUUCUUCCAACAACUGUUAUCCCUGUUGACCCCUCACACAAGUUAAGUCAAUAGUCCAUUGAAGAAGUGAACAGGUGUUUAAAAAAAAGUGAAUUGAAGUUGUGGCGUUAUUAGGUGAAGCAGAGCCUCUGUAAAAGCCGAUAAGAUCCGGGAGGGGGGAACCGGUUACAAACACCUGCCAGGAUGACGGACACUCGUCGACGAGUCAAAGUUUAUACCCUCAAUGAGGACAGACAGUGGGAUGACCGUGGGACCGGGCACGUCUCUUCGGGCUACGUGGAGCGUUUGAAAGGCACAUCUUUACUGGUGCGAGCCGAGAGUGAUGGUUCCCUGUUGCUGGAGUCCAAAAUCAACCCAAACACAGCCUACCAGAAACAACAGGAUACAUUGAUAGUAUGGUCAGAGGCUGAAAAUUAUGAUCUGGCACUGAGCUUCCAGGAGAAGGCUGGCUGUGAUGAAAUCUGGGAGAAAAUAUGUCAGGUGCAGGGAAAGGACCCCUCAGUGGACAUCACACAGGACGUGGUCGACGAGUCCGAGGAGGAGCGCUUUGACGAGAUGUCGUCGCCAGGUCUUGAGCUACCACCGUGUGAACUGAAUCGCUUGGAGGACCUGGCUGAGCUGGUGGCCUCCUCGCUCCCAUCACCACUGCGACGUGAAAAACUGGCACUGGCUGUGGAGAACGAAGGCUACAUUCGCAAGCUCCUGGAACUGUUCCGUGUGUGUGAGGAUUUGGAAAACAGGGAGGGACUGCACCACCUGUACGAAAUAAUAAAAGGCAUUUUCCUGCUGAAUCGUACUGCGCUCUUUGAGGUCAUGUUCUCCGAAGAGUGCAUCAUGGACGUCAUUGGCUGCCUGGAGUUUGACCCAACGCUCCCGCAGCCACGGCGGCAUCGGGAGUUUCUCACAAAAACGGCCCGCUUUAAGGAGGUGAUCCCCAUUUCUGAUCCUGAACUGCGCCAGAAAAUACAUCAGACGUAUCGAGUGCAGUAUAUUCAGGAUAUGGUGCUGCCCACGCCUUCUGUGUUUGAGGAAAACAUGCUGUCCACCCUGCACUCCUUCAUCUUCUUCAACAAGGUGGAGAUUGUGGGCAUGCUACAGGAUGAUGAGAAGUUCCUGACAGACCUCUUUGCACAGCUAACAGAUGAGGCUACAGACGAUGACAAAAGACACGAACUGGUAAACUUCCUAAAGGAAUUCUGCGCAUUCUCACAAACGUUACAACCUCAAAACAGAGAUGCCUUCUUCAAGACAUUGUCAAACAUGGGCAUUCUACCUGCACUAGAGGUCAUACUGGGAAUGGAUGAUGUUCAAGUACGUGGGGCAGCCACUGAUAUCUUCUCUUAUCUGGUGGAGUACAACCCCUCUAUGGUACGAGAGUUUGUCAUGCAGGAGUCUCAGAAUGAAGACGACAUCCUUCUGAUCAACCUGAUCAUAGAGCACAUGAUCUGUGAUACGGACCCAGAGCUUGGUGGAGCCGUGCAGCUAAUGGGGCUUCUACGGACUCUGGUGGACCCGGAGAACAUGCUGGCUACUGCAAAUAAAACUGAAAAGACAGAGUUCCUGAGCUUCUUCUACAAGCACUGUAUGCAUGUCCUGUCUGCUCCACUACUGGCCAACACCACAGAAGAAAAACCAAGCAAAGAUGAUUUCCAAACAUCCCAGUUGCUGGCUUUGAUUUUGGAGCUGCUAACGUUUUGUGUCGAGCACCACACCUAUCACAUUAAGAACUACAUUAUCAACAAGGAUAUUCUCAGGAGGGUACUGGUGCUCACCGCCUCUCAGCACGCCUUCCUGGCACUAUGUGCCCUGCGCUUCAUGCGGAGGAUUAUUGGUCUGAAGGAUGAAUUCUACAACCGCUACAUCAUGAGAAACUUUCUCUUUGAGCCUGUGAUCAAGGCCUUCCUCAAUAACGGCUCACGCUACAAUCUCAUGAAUUCAGCUAUCAUUGAGAUGUUUGAGUAUGUCCGUGUGGAGGAUGUGAAGUCUCUCACAGCUCAUAUAGUUGAGAACUACUGGAAGUCUCUGGAGGAUGUGGACUACGUUCAGACGUUCAAGGGUCUGAAGCUGCGCUAUGAACAACAGCGAGAGAGGCAAGACAACCCCAAACUGGAUAGCAUGCGCUCCAUCCUGAGGAACCACCGCUUCCGUCGUGAUGCACGGACACUGGAGGAUGAAGAGGAGAUGUGGUUCAACACAGAUGAAGACGACCUCGAGGAUGGCGAGGCAGUGGUUCCUCCCUCUGACAAGAUGAAGACCGAGGAAGACCUCAUGGAGCCUAUUAGCAAGUUCAUGGAGAGAAAGAAAUUGAAAGACACGGAGGACAAAGAGGUACUAGGGAAGUCGAGUUUGUCAGGCAGGCAGAAUCCCAGCUUCAAGCUUUCCUUCUCUGGCUCCACUAAAACCAGCCUGUCCAGUCCCCCUUCGUCUGCCUCAUUGAACCCAGGUUCUCCAGGAUCGCCGGGGUCUCCGGGCUCAGGGGCACGGAGCUCACCCUCCACCACAACCGUAACCACAAAGGGAGGUUUAGUGGGACUGGUGGACUACCCAGACGAUGACGAGGAGGACGACGAAGAGGAGGAGGACGGGGAGAGUAAAGAGGACCCUUUGCCACCUUCAAAGAAGUCCAAACUGAGCUCCUAAAGAAGCAGCACUGUCUCAGCUUUUGUUCCGCUUGGACAGUUUCGUCGCAGAGACUUCGCACAGGAAUGAUCAAACUUGUAAAACAAAUUGAAAUGAAUGAGAGACACCCCGUCGCCGUCAGCGGGUGGCUAAAAGAGGAGCAGACUGUGAAUGGAUAUGAAGCCUCCUCGGACUAGCCCAAUUCAUACAAGUGCCAAUCAGGAGACCAGGAGCGGUAGACCGUCUGAGAAGUGGAGCAGACGAGUGAACGUUGGGGGGAGGAGAGAUCUUCAGCGGACUCGGACAGUAUGAGACAGGUUGGAGUUUUGGUCAUUUAGCAACUGGAGGAAAAAAGACCACAUACUAAAAACACAUGUACAUGCAGACUGAAAUCCGAGAGAGCUCACAAAGCUCGGACCAUAACCCACUGCCCCCCCGCCCCCCCACUCAGGGAAGGACAUCACAGCGGCCCAGAUGGGUCGGCCAAUUCAGACCCAGAACCACCACUCGCACACGCCCAUCCUCUCUUCAGAAUCCACUUCCUUCCUGUUCCUUUCUACUUCGUUUCCCCUCUGCUCUUUGUCCGUUGCUUUUUUUGUCCCCCCCCCCUUUUUUCAGUUAGUAUAUAGGACCAGACGGGAGGCAGCAUGAGGCAAAGAGCUGUCCUUGUUGUCGUUUGAUGAUGUCAUCAGUGUCGUCGUUCCUCAGCGGACGUUCUUUCUCUGACGAGAAAAAAAAAGCCAGCAGUUUCUUCAUUAUGUUCUUUUUGUUCUCUAUUUGUCUCGAAUCUUUCUCCUGUUUUUUGUAAAUGACAACGACAACAACAACAACAAAAAAAAAAAAAAAAAAGACCUGCCUUUAAAUGUUCAGGAAGUUUUCAGUCACACUUGAACAGGUUUUUAAAGACCUCAGUAGGUUGAGCUAGUUUUACCCUUUUUGCCCUUUGAAACUGCAGAUUUUUUGGAGAAUUUGUAAUCCCGUCUUGAUUAAAGAUUGAGUGGAAUUCUAGAUGUGAUGAAUUUUGUCAUAUCUUCUCUUUUGUUUUUUCCUUUUACAUGAGUGUACACUUAGUUGUUCAGAAUAUUUGGGACCAUUAAAAUGAUCUUUGCUGUAA